GUGUUCAGGUACUCCCUGUGGCUAAGCUGCUUUAGAUACGCUGCUUCUUGCUAGCUGUCCCUGCAGGCAUAAGUCAUAACCUGAGCACUCAUUAGUGCAAACUUCAGGAGACUUCUGAGAUGGCUGUGUAGCUUAAGUAACAGGAACGUCUCAGCUCCAUGAUGGGUUUUGGGAAGACCAUAAUAAUGCAGAAAACAUGCAGAGCAUGUAAGUUAUUCUGAAGCAGCUGUUAUUAGGACAACACAAGAAGCACUUGGAUUCAGACCAUAAAGAUAGCAGAAAUACCUACAUUGUCUCUGGGAAUGAGGUCUGUGUUCUGCUGGCAGGAGUUGCGGGUAACCACUCGCAUGCUACUCCUUCAUGCCAGCUUUUUCUUCGUGGUUCAGCAGCUUUUACUUUCUCCAGCUUCUUCAGACUGUGCCUCUCCCUGCAGCCAAAAUAUUUCUCUUCCCUUGUCCCAUAGACAAAAGUGUAUGCAUUUUUGUCACCUUUCCAAUUAUUCUGAGCUCUAUGACACAAUAGCAUUAUCACUAUCUUUGCUGUUGUAGAAAAUCUCAGCUCUCCAAAAAAAAAAAAUUAAGUAUUAUAGUUUGUCCACCCACCAGCUGUUCAAUGAGAUUACAUUGCAGCAGUCAUCAAUUAAUAAUGUCUCUUGUUCGUAGUCCAGAAAAUGCAUAACAGUUCUGUACCAGAAAGCUGACUGACCUCAUUAAGAUUUCAAAACUAUUGUGUAAGAGAUUUCAUAAAGUAAUUCACAAACUGUUCAUAGAGAUGAUCUGAAUCAUCCCAGUACUACUUAAGGACUUUAAAUUGUAAGAUCACUAAACAAGGUGAGGCUAGAUAAGGCCCUGGGCAACCUGACCUAGCUGUGGCGUCCCUGUUCAUCGCAGGGAAAUUGGACUAAAUGGCCUUCGGAGGUCCCUUUCAACUAUGGAUUCUGUGAUUCCAUAAACAAAACAGGAGCUGGGAAAGUCAGGACAGAGAAAGGGAUAGAACAGUGAUAAAUUCAGUUAAGGAAAAGAAGAAAAGGAUAGUAAAUCAUUGCAACUAGGACAUGACCCAUUUGUAAGAAGAGCUGGGCUGUAUGGUAAGAAUCAGGUUUCAUAUGUGUUUUCACCCUUGCUUUGAAAGCACGGAUUUCUUAAGUUCUUCCCCCCCCCCCCCCUUCCUUAAUUUGUUUCUGGCUGCUGUGGCCAGCAGUGUUUGGAAUGUGACUCAGAACAGCAUUCUCUAAUUAAAACUGAUAGCAUUUGCCAUUGUCCUUAAAAAUUACAGCUCUUUAUAGGAAGAAAAAGGAGAAAGGAACACAAGAAGUUCCAAAAGUUUGUGUUUUAGAUAAUUUCUAGGUCCCCUUAGGAUCUGCCAGUAUUUGAAUUGAUUGAAUAGGAAAUGUACUUCUAAUCAUUUCUACAAUAUUUUCCACAGCUGGUUCUAUUUUCUGUUGCACUGGCUCUUUUUGCAUGCCAGUGCUCAUUGCACAAGACAGAAAAGAGUAUAGCACCAUUUCUGUUACUGUGAAAGUUAUUAAUAAGAACAUUUUUUCCCCACUAUGUGGGAAAUUACUGUCUCGGGGUGCUUGAAGCACCAUGACAUGACUCAUGAUGUACAUAUCAUAAAAAUACAUAUUUCCCAGUAUGAUAGGUCAAAAGAGUGACAGUAGCUGGAACAGAAGGAAAAGCCACUGAAUAUAACACUUGUGCAGAGGGAGAAUUUGAUUGACAGCAUCACACAACAUACUGUCAAGUUAAACAAAAUGCAGUGUUUGCUAAAGAAUGUGUAUGCUGGAGUCCAAGCAGCCAGCCCUGUAGGGACAGGCAUUGGCUCCAGUAGGUCUUUAAUAUGUAGAAUAUUUGCUAAUGGACCCAAAUCUCUUCUAAUUAGAGAAGUCUUGGAGCUUAAAAAGAGUGCGAUUUACUCACCCAGACAUGUUAUCCCAGGAGACAGGAGGUUACACAGCUCCAUGAAGUACUGCCAGUGUUGGCACACCACCUACACUGUUUCUGAGCCCCGGGGGCUGUGCUUGCAUAGGAACCUGCUUGCUCUGGGGUCCUUGUGGCUGGUGGGUGCUUGCUUCAUGCUGGGCAAGGCUGUUGUUAGCAUCAUCAGACACAAUGUUGUCUUCCAAAUCCUCCGUCACUGCCACAAUGAGGCUGUCAGCUCGUUUGCCUACACUGAAUAUUCCAAACGUAGUAGGAUGUUGGAUGAGAUACACAUCUGCAGUAGCAACAUAGAGAUGUGCUAUUCAGAGGAGACAUUUUCUUAUAACAAGGAGCUAAAUAGAGUUCAGGUGAUGAUUCAUAGUCACCAUCCCGAGCUUCCUCAGCUGAGUAUGUUUUGCUGGUGUUUUCCAGAACUCUGGCAUUUCUCCCUACAGUCAUGCAAGCAGCUUCUCCUCAGCGAGGACGUGGCUGAGGAUGUAUUAGGGUAUCCACCCCCAUCACAGCCACACUGUUUGUAUGGGCCCUGAUGAUUGAUCUCCAGUCAAAAUCCAGGCAGGGAUUUUAGCUGGGCCUCGAAGUUCUGCAGAGCAGAAGUUACAGGACUACUGAAGGACAGGCUAGGUGACAGCAUAGCUUGUAUUACUGCCCCCAAUCACAUCUGCCUUGAGUUAUGUGAGGCCCCGUUCCAUCCCUUUCGUGCAGCAGGAUGGGACCCUCCCUUUUACUGUUACACAGCUCAUUAGUCCUUCAGGCAGCUGGUGCACAGACUGGAAGGAAAAUAGAAGAAAACAAUUUGUAUACAGACCAGCAUCAAUGUAUUUAUAAAGUAUGUCAUUAUGCAGGCUGCAUCUGAUUAUGGACAAUGUUUUACUCCUACUUUCCUCAACCUUGUUUUACUUCUUCCCCUCCUGUGACUCACAGCAUCACCUUCCCCAUGAGCCACAUAUCUCCUUCCUUUCACUCUUAUCUUAGCCUUCCUCUUUUCCUCCUCUUCUUCCCCUGAGCACCUGCUGGACGGGCCUGGGACAGAGAGUGAGAUCUCCCUAAGUUGUGGGUGAGACGUGAAGCAAGAGAUUCAUCCAGUUUUUAAGCAGAAUUUCACUUUUAAGAAGACACUACCUAACUCUCUACAAUCUCAUCUCAAAGAAACCUCCCUUCCAAAUAAGCACUUCUGGCACUAUAUUAAGCACACCUUGUGCUUUCUGAUGUUGCCUUAGACCACAUAUGUAUCAAAGUACAGCCUGUGCAGCAAGAUGCUGGUCCCACUAUACAGAUGUAAUCUGCAAUGGGAAAAAGAUGUAGCAGAAAUCUACAGCACUGAGGAUGAGUAGCUUCAGCUGUACAAACACUGCUAAACAUGUGUUCACAACUGAAAAAAAAAAAAAAAGACCCACAAAGACCCAAACAUGGUGCAAGAGAAAGAGUCUGUAUGAACAAUGUAAUAGCAGACUGAGGCACUAAAUGUACCAAUGAACAGAUACAAGGUUUGUGGGCUUGUGGGGGUUUAUAUAAUGUAAGAUCCAGAGGAAUUAUUCCCAACAGGUGCCACCAUUUUUGACUUUGGAAAACUAGGUUUGGGUGGCUGCUACCUCACUCACAUCUUCCUUUAAUAGUUCCUCCCUACACUGCACCAUUACCCAGUGAUGGGCCAACCUUCUGCUGCUUAGAACAGAGUUUGGAUCAACAUCCAGCCAGCUCCUGCAGAUUUUGGUUCUGUACACAAAGAUGGUUGUAACGCAAUGGCAAAUGCAGCAAAGACAGCAGAGCAGCAAGAUCCUAGGCUACAGCAAGUAAGGGUUUGCUCAAACACAACAGCUGUAGGCACAGAAAUAAAGCAAAGAAGCAACUUACCUUCAGAAGGCCUCAGGUAGAUAGGGAUCUCCAACAAGAUAUGCUUGCCUCCACUGCCAACCCUUAAAUGAGGUCUGGGAAGGGGUGGAUCCUGGCUCCUGAGCUCCCCUGGCUUGGCCCUGCCUUCCCACCAGGUGUUCAAUCACUGUUUCAAGCCAUGAGUUAGCAUUUCUGCUACAAUGGUGAAGGGUCUUGAGGGCAAUAUGUAUAAGGAGUGGCUGAGGUCAUUUGGCUUGUUCAGCCCAGAGAAGAGGAGGCUAAAGGGAGGCCUCAUGAUGGCCUAUGGCUUCUCACAAGGGGAGCAAAGAAGCAGCACUGAUCUCUUUGGUGAUAGUGACAGGACCCAAGACCUGCAUCAGGAGGAUCAGGCUGGGGAUUAGGAAAAGGUUCUUCACCAGAGGGUGGUUGGGUACUGAACAGGUACCCCAGGGCAGUGGUAAUGGCCCUAAGCUGGAGUUCAAGAAGAGUUUGGACAAUGCUCUCACACUUAGAGGUUGAAUUUUGGGUGGUCCUGUGUAGAGCAAGGAGUAGGACUCAAUAAUCUUCACAGGUUCCUUCCAACUCAGGAUAUUCUAUGAUUCUAUAUCUUGUUUCCCUUUCCCAUCUUCCCAAUUCAGAAGGUCAUUGUGUAAAUGUCACAAUCAGCCAAGGUGCCCCUGAAGUAAUUUGGCUCUUUGUGACAUUCUGAAUCUGCUCUUGUGACAGAUGGCAUGACCAGAGGGCGUGUGGAGGGGCAGUACUGUGCACGUUCAGCCGUGAAUAUCUGGCAAAGAAACAACCCCCUAGGAGGAGCAGGUGCACCACCUAAUGUGUAUGCACAGGCAGGGACUGCGUUCAACUGUAAAGAACUCAUGCUUGCUUCCGAGCACAUCCCGUAUAACUACUGCUGGUUUACAAACACCUAAGGCACAUGUUUAUCAUUACUGCAGUUGUCUUUCUCUGUGGGAUAGUGAGGCAGUUCUGCAAAAUUACCCCAGCUCAAGGCCACAAAUACUACCUAUGCUACCACCUCCUAUCUGCCACUGCAUCAGUCAUCUGAACAUAGCCUAUGGGCCUCCUCUCUCCUUCCUCCCUACUAUCCUUUUCUAAAUAUUUCACCUGCAUGCAGUUCCUAGGACAUAUUCCUGUUGACAAAAUCAAAUAUAACUUAUGCAGAUGUUGGCCAAACUCCUGGAUGACUGCUUUGUCAGGUAUUACAAAACCCCACAGAUGCAUGCUGAAGAGAGGUUAUUUCAUGACCCAAAAGAUGCAGAAUUGCUUGUUGUUUUUUUUUUGGCAAAGUAACUUCUAGACAUUUAUGUGAACACAGUGGAUUUUAAUGGAUUCUGGCAAGAAACAGAAGGCACAUCAAUCUCACUGCACAGAUGGGUCAUCAGAGUCUAUCUUCUCUUGAGUAGCUUAUUAUUUACAGUUUAAUAAAAGAUAUCUCAUCCCAGAAUAAAGAGAUGCAACUAAAGCAGAAGCAGCAGAAAAUAAUGAAAACAGAAAUAAGCAUUGUUUAACUGUAAGACAGCCAGGGCUAUGACAGAAAUACAGGUUUGACUUUUAUGUAAAUGGGGGUAAAAAUGGCCCUGGAUACUGAGGGCCCCUGCUCUCUUGAUAAAUCUGUGCUUUUCUUCAUAGUUGCUGUAAGCCCACAUAUUGCAAGGUAAGCUGCAAACACUGGAAGUUUCAAAAGACUGGCUGAGUGGUUUGCACACUGCCAACUUAUCAAGUGGAACAUCAUCCCAUAAACUAUCUGGUGACCAAAGUCACUACAAAGUGAUACCCUCUAACUUGCUGAGAAAGGUAUGCACUUCAGCUUCACCUCCUUUCUUUUUUAGGUAGACAUCUUUCCCCAGAGAACAUAUUUAGCUUGAGUGAGAUGGCAUUAUUACAUAUUUAUACUUAUUACCAAUACGUAUGACCCUAGCACCCAAGAACCUGUCGGUGAUCUUGGAACAAUACUGUGCCAUACAGAGUAGAAAUACACAACAUCCCGAGUGACAGUUAGACACUAACAGAAGUGCAAAGAUGUGUACAGCACAGCUAUCUUCUGUGAAGGGAAUCAGAUGAAGUUUCAUCUAGGUAAUUCAUAACACCUAAAGCAGACCUUGCUCAUUGUAACCCAGAAUUCACAGGAGGGAAUAAUGAGGUGCUAAAGCCUGACUGGCUCUGAUCCUUGCUGUUUGCUAGGUCAGUAUACUGAGUAUCUCUUCCUGGAGGUUUGCUACAGAGCUGAACUAGUAAUUUUUCUUCUGCCUGCUUGUAUAUUUUGGCUGCUACAGCCCUAGAAUGAAUCUGCUCAGACUGCUGGCCUUAUCUGUUUGUGACAUUUCUGGAUUGUUUGCAGAUUUUGAAACUCAGUAGAAGGGAAAACUGAACAUGAAGCCAAGGAGCAGAGAAGUCCCAUGGAGAUGGGACAGGCACUGUGCAGAGGAGAAAGGGACCCAGAAGUCCCCCCUUCUUCAGAGGCAAUCGCGUGUAGUGAAAGUUAUUGAAACAAAUAGCUUUGCAUAAUUAAUUGCAGUGGAAAAUCAGUCUUUGGAAGAGAAGCUUAAAUAAUUCUGCCAAAACAUCAAAGUCUUCCAAGUUUCCAAAAUACGAUGAAAAAUAUCCUUUGGGGUUAGCAAGUUCAGCUGCAAGGCCCUUCCCAGGACUGCAAUCAUAAACACAGAAAGGCGGAUCUGUUCUAGCAGAGACUGCUGGGAUCAGAAGCAGCCAGGAAAGAUACCACGGCAAACAGCUUUCACUUCACACGCUGCUCAGUCCGCAGAGGGGAUGUGAACCACUGCUGGGCACGGCUGCUAUGGCCCAGGUGCAGCUCAACACCUGGCUGGUCCUGUGCAUGUUCGCUGGAUCCCAGAGGCUGACAGAUGAACACCCUUACAGCAGGGAUGGUGUCAGCGCCAACGCACCCCGCCGCAGCCCAGAGGACGCCGACGUCAUGUUAGAGAUGCUCUGGGGGAGGUUGGACAUCCAGGCCAACGGGACAAUCCAGCUGCUGGAUGAAGAGCUGGCCUCCCUGCGCCCAGCACGGUGGUUCAUGCAGAUCUUGGAAGGUGAAGUUCCCAAAACACCGAUGGAGAUUGAGCAGCAACUGAGAUAUUACUCACUGACUGAUACCCCUUUGCCUCUAACAGAGUUUGACCGUUUGCUUUUCACCAGUGUUUACUGUGCCUAUCAGAUCCGCACAGUUCAGGGUCUGGAUAAAAAUCUCUGGAUCCAUUUUUUCUCCCAGCUAGCUGAUGAAAUCUUUCGUGAUCUGUGCAAGGGGCUCUGCCCUGCAAAUUCCACCCUCCUCCUGGCUUCCUGGCCCUGGAAGGAGAAACCUUCACAUUUAGCGUCACUAAAAGAUUUUUAUCGUUCUAACCCGGCCAGGGCCAAGACAGACACUUAAUAAGGGAAACUACCAUGGGAAGGAGCGCAUCUGACUUCAGCUGCAAUCUGGGCUGUUUCGAAUGCUGGCAAUAUUUCCACAUUAUUCUGGACUUUGCAGAAAUAUGCCACAUCUUUUUGUCCAGCUUUCUGCACUUAUGCACAACAUUUUUACUUUUAGAUAGAACAGGACAUAACUAAAAAUUGCAUCUCACACUUCCUUUUUUUUUUUUUUUUAAGUGGGCUGAGCUGAUGUGGGCAGUGCUAUUUAGAAGUGCUAUCUAUCUUGAUCACUGAUGCUUUCUAGGGAGAUGCCCUGGCAGGAUUUUUCUAGGAUGUUAUACUGGUGUCUUAGCAGAAUUUAUCUUGAAUAAUUCAGUUUGGCUUCCUCUAUUCCUUCUAUGGUUUCAGCCAAAUGCAGUCUCUUUUCUCCUCUCCAGUAAUCAGCUAAGCAGAUGCUGUGUUUCACAAUACAGGUAGUACAUUUAAUUUCAGCUUUCUGGUUAUGCAAUUCGCAUUUUAUGUGCCCAUAAUAAUUUUCCACCUAAUGUGUUCAUUCUUCUUAAAAGAUCAACCAAAAAUGUAUGUAUUCUACAAAGCUUUCUUGUAUUUGUAUAUUAUAUUUACAUAUGUAUACUGCUUUGUGUCAGCCAGCAGUUUGGAAUACACUUUUUUUAUAUCUCAUUUAAAUUCCCAAGGAUAGUGACCUAGUUAUUUCUUCAGCAGAUUUUACCUCUUCUGAAGUUUUUUUUUUGUACAGCUAUGGUACUUUACAAGACAAACUUAACAAAUACACAAUCUUAUCCUCAAAAUCAGAAACUUAAUUAUUUUAUAGAAUGAGUUUGUUAACCUUCUCUGUCUUAGACAUUGAUGUGUGGAAUUAAAUAAAUAUGAUUAGCUACA